AUGGCAUCAAAUAACCAAUCACCACCUCUCGAGAUAUUAGUUCGAGGACCCGAACAAUUCUCGCUCUGGACCGGCCCUCCCUUCGCCAACGGUCAACCCGCCCUCAAGCUCGACAAAGUUAACUGCGUCAAUGCCAAGUUCAGCGACGAUGGAUCCAAACUCAUGGUGACCAAAUCCAACUCGACGAUUACUGUGUACGAUUGCAGCACUGCUAAAGAGAUUAGGAAUUUUGAAGUUCCCAAUGUCGUUGCCGCUACCUUGUCGCCCUUUGGAACUUACUUGCAAACCUUUAAGAAGCCUUCGGCGCCGCAGGAGAAGAACGUGACGCUGUGGAAAAUCGACACCGGCGCACCUGUUUACCAACACUCGCAAAAGAACAUGACUAAAGGCAAUUGGCCUGCGGUUCAGUUUAGUUCUGAUGAAGCUACUGCAUGUCGGUUGGCAACUAAUGAGGUGCAAUUUUUUGACACGGGGGAUUUUUCUAAAGGAGUUAUCUGUCGGUUAGGAGUUCCGGGGGUUGCUGCUGCUGAGCUUUCUAGUUUACCGGGUUCUCAUGUAGCUGCAUUUGUUCCAGAAUCCAAGGGGGUUCCUGCUAGUGUACAGAUAUAUGCUUCUGGAAAUGCAUCUCAAAGUCAACCUGUUGCUCGUCGUAGUUUUUUCCGAUGUUCAACCACCCAACUUAAAUGGAAUCAUGGCUCAACUGGGCUUCUAGUGGUGGUUCAGUCAGAUGUUGACAAAACUAACCAGAGUUACUAUGGAGAAUCAAAAUUAUGCUAUUUGACUACUGAUGGAAUGCAUGAAGGACUUGUGCCUCUUCGGAAAGAUGGGCCUAUACAUGAUGCUCAGUGGUCAUAUUCUGGCUUGGAAUUUGCUGUUGUAUAUGGAUGGGCCAGUCGGAUGGUGGGUAUUCUGGUCAUGCCUGCUAGAGCAACUCUGUUCGACAAGAAGUGCAAUCCUCUUCUAGAGCUUGGAACUGGUCCUUACAACACUAUUCGAUGGAACCCGCAAGGGAAAUUUUUGUGUUUGGCUGGCUUUGGUAACUUGCCUGGUGAUAUGGUAUUCUGGGAUUACAUAGAUAAAAAACAACUUGGAACCACUAAGGCUGAAUGGUCAGUGACUAGUGAAUGGUCUGCAGAUGGGUGCUAUUUCAUGACAGCUACAACAGCUCCAAGGCUUCAAGUUGACAAUGGGAUCAAGAUUUUCCACUACAAUGGGUCACUGUACUUCAAGAAGAUGUUUGACAAAUUGUACCAGGCUGAUUGGAAACCAGAGUCACCCAGUAAGUUUGGUGAUAUUGCCGAAUUAAUUAAGUCUCUAAAUUUGGUACAACUUGAAGAUACAAAACCAUCAGGUCAAGGACCACCAAAGUCAACCCAGACAUCUGUAAAAGCCUCUUCUACCAAUCCCCCAGCUCAAAAACCUGCUGCAUAUCGUCCACCGCAUGCUAAGAAUGCAGCUGCUAUUCAGUCACAGUUGUUCGGAGAGACUGCUGCAGAAUCAAUGAGCAAGAACGCAUUACGAAACAAGAAAAAGAGGGAAAAACAGAAGGAGAAAAAGGCUGCCUCUGAUGCCAGUUCUUAA